CGACAGAUCGACCGCUAAAUCUCGUGAGCUCUUUUUUUGAUUUCUCACUCUUUACUUUUUAUUCGUUCACCUUUCUCUUACUCUCACCCCACCACACUGAGUUGAGCAUCGGCCACACAACAUGACCGAUUCUCUGUCUCUCUCUCAACUCUAUCCACCUGAAGCCUCAACCAACCAACAGACUAACAUGCCACACACAGCUUCGCCCGUCGAGUCCCCGUGCCGCAGGUACUCGCCCGCCUCACUACAACCGCAGAAAGCACCAUCACUCCGCAGCCUCAACCAUGCAGCUCCACCCACGCACCAGCACGCCCUCGGCCUCGACGGUCCUCCGCGACUUCCUCAACCAGGCAAAAUGCACCUGCUGCACGGUGCGCGUGGUGGAGCUGACCAAGCAGCGCGCCGUCGUGGAGUGGGGCUCCGUCCCGUACUUCACGGCGCGGGGCAAACGGGCCGAAUUCGUCUACUACACGGCCGAGCGCGUCGCCGACGUCCGGCCGGACCUUCUCCGGAACUGGGCGGGAGGUCCGAGAGCGGGGCCCGGGCAGCAGCAAGGCAAAAAAGAGGAGACGGCCGAGUGGGUCCGCGAACGACUCCGUGAUAGCUGGCUCGUCGAGCAGCUUGCGUACUGGGUCGAGUUCCUCGAGGAGUGGAAGUUUUAUCGCGAGUGGUAUGUGUACAGGCCCGAGUUGUUUGAGGGUAAGGAGCCGGAUGUGCUUAGUCCUGGGUGCGAGGGGUGCGUGAAGCCGCGUUGGCCCGGUGGGUUGCGGCGACGGGCGUCUUCUUGCGCUUGAGGUCUGGACAUGGAUGUCACUUGGGCUUUGAUGCUACUUGUCUAGCCUAGGGCGCUUGCAAUGGAAGCAUAAUGGACGGAUAUCAUGGUGGGCAAAAUAGGGAAGCGGUUGACAGGGCUGGAACCGAGGGGCUCGCUUAUUCGUUUCUUUGAGGUGGAAGGUGCUUUCUUCCCUCGGCUAGUGCGCGAGGCUUGGGACUUACAAGGUUUGUAAUCACCGUUUCUGAUAUCAUUUCUCAAUGAGGGGGAAUUCCGGGAAGGUGGUGUCGUUGGACCAGGGGGGCGGGU